UCACUGCUCAGGAAUGAAUGAAGCCGUCACUUACGCUGACCUGCAGUUUGGGAACUUACCCCUGAAGGAAUGUCAAAAAGCAGAAGCAGAAGACAAUGAAGAGGAGGAUGGGGCAAUGUAUGAGAAUGUGAAUCCAAACCUGAACAUUCCCAGCAGGAGGGCAGAAAACUCAGCCCAGGGCAACAAAGGGCAAGUGGAAGUGACUGGAGGUCCCCUAAAAUCCACUUCUAGUCUGACUCUGAUUCUCCUACUGUUCUGCCUCAUUUCACUCGCCUCCAUGAUUGGCAUGACCAUUAAAUAUUUUGAAGUCUCCAGAGAAUUACAGAAAAUAUCCACAAUUCACACUGAACUCAACAGCAGCCUGUCCCAGGCAAUUCAGGGCAAGGAAGAGGAGCUGACACUCACCCACAGGACCCUCACUACCACCCAACAUGAGUUAAAGCAACUGGCAGAGAAUCAUAUGAUGCUUAGUAGAACUCUACAGCUCUGCCAUGUGACUGAGCAACAGACAAAGGAGAAAUUGACAGACAUGGGAAGAUUACACAGUGAAGCAAUGGCAAAAAACCAACAAGUAAUGGAGGAGAAUCAAGAGAUACAAAGAAACCUGGAACAAAAAGACAACGAGCUCAGGCUGCUGAAUGAAGAAAUAUGUCCUGAGAAGUGGAUCCGCUUUGGCAUGAGAUGUUUGUAUUUCUCUGAAGAAGAAACAAAGUGGGAGAAGAGCAGGGAGUUCUGUGAGAGUAAAAUGGCUUCUCUCCUGCUUCUCAGAAAUGACGACUACAAACUAAAGGAAUUUAUAGCCGGGAGAAAGACUGAUUAUUGGAUAGGAAAUUCUCAAUCAGAUCCAUCAAUAGAGUUUCCAAGGUACUGUUGGAAUAACUGUGCUAAAUUCACCAAUGAGGAGAUACGAUUUACUAAUAAAGACCAUUGGAACAGAUGGAUCUGUGAGAGAAAGCUGGUUCUGCUGGAGGUCACCAAAAAGUCCUACUAUAAUAAUUACUGUUACUCCUCUGAAAAAAAGAAUUUUCACUGCAAAAGCUGAGUGGGGACGUACAGACGGCCAGAUUGACGGACAGCAGUGAUGAGCGAAUUUUUGCCAGCCAUGGAUUAUUCUGCAAAAUUCCACUUUUGACCAUCAUAGAAAUUGUUUUUCAAACUGUUGCAAAAAUUCACCAUGGAAAAAUUUGCCAACAACAAAAUAGUUAUCAAGACAAAAAUGUUGUAAGAGACAAAAAAGUUGCCAUAGAGAACAAACGCCCAUUGCCUUUAAGGCAUUUGCAGUUGUAAACAUUUUUGACGCCCAUUGACUUCAUCUUUCAGCGGUGGGACAGAUUUCAUCAUCAUUAAUGGACAGACAGAUUUUGUAGAUAAAAUAUAAAAUGAGCUUCUCUAUAAAAUAGUAGAGUAGAGACCUAGAGGUUUAGAGAGGUUUGACUCAGGCAGUUUCCCUUAUAUUUAGACAUUUCAGCUCCUUAGUGAGCCCUGGGUGAAUGUUAUCAGUAAUCUGAUAUUGGUUAUUGUUGCCCAGUAGGGGGCAGUGUGUAAAAGUAUAAAAGGGAAAGGAAAAAUGGGCCCAGGGCUCUUAUCCUGGAUGCCACCUUGUGGGGAGGUGGGUACAGGACAGGGUUUUAUUUAGUGGCAGAAGUUUGAGUAAUAGUCGCUGUAGGAGAGAAAGUUAGAGGCAGUGAAUUUAGUGAGCAGCUUUGUGGCUCCAACAAGGAGAGUAAGUUGGACACAUCUCCCAACCUUGGCCGUUUUUCACAGGACAGUCCCGAUUUUGACAGCUCAACCCGUAGUCCUGGGUUGUCAGUAGGGAUGCACCGAAUCCAGGAUUCGG